CGAGCCGGCGCUCCUGGGCCUGUUCUCUGUGCACGCCCGUCCGCCCACUUCGGGCUGUCGCACUCCAGGGCCCGGCUGGUAGUGGAAGAGGUAGCCUGGCAGCUUUCCCCGAGGGAACCAGGGACGGCCGUUGUCGUACGGGAGCCUCAGUGAUUUUCAUUAAUACAUAAUCAGAAUCCGAGGGAUAUCGGAUCAAAACAUUUCGUCUUUCUUCCUUCUGCCUCUUAACAGGUGCAUAAGGGUGAAACUAAAUUACCUGUCACUGGCAUGGAUGCAUGAAGGCUAUUAUGCUAUAAGUAUGUUCAAGCUCAAGGCAGCACCACCUUGCAUGUCUUCUAAAUGUGUGAUACUUGAAGAAUAUCAUUGAACACAGAGCUUGGCAGAUCAUUGAGAGCACUGGCAGCAUGUUAUGUUGGGGAAAUGCCUCUUUUGGACAGCUUGGAUUGGGGGGCAUUGAUGAAGAGGUUGUACUAGAACCCAGAAGAUGCAACUUUUUUCUGAACAAAAAGGUUCAAGAUGUAGGCUGUGGACUACGGCACACUGUGUUUGUCUUGGAUGAUGGAACUGUGUAUACAUGUGGAUGUAAUGAUUUAGGACAAUUAGGACAUGAGAAGUCCAGGAAAAGACCAGAACAGGUUGGUGCCCUGGAUGCUCAAAAUAUUGUAGCUGUUUCAUGUGGAGAAGCCCACACAUUAGCUUUAAAUGACAAGGGUCAAGUCUAUGCUUGGGGUUUUGCUGUAGAUGGACAGCUUGGCUUGCCUGGAACCGAGGAAUAUACAAGAGUGCCCAGGAACAUUAAAAGCUUGUCAGACAUCCAAAUAGUGCAGGUUGCCUGUGGCUACUAUCAUUCACUUGCACUCUCCAAAGGAAGUGAAAUUUUUUCAUGGGGGCAGAACAAACAUGGUCAACUAGGCUUAGGUUAUGAAUUUAAAAAGCAGACAUCUCCACAACAGAUCAAAUCUUUACUAGGGAUACCUUUUGCACAAAUUGUGGCAGGCGGUGCACAUAGCUUUGUACUUACUCUUUCUGGAGCUGUCUUUGGGUGGGGUCGUAACAAAUUUGGUCAACUUGGUCUUAAUGAUGAAAAUGAUAGAUAUGUUCCCAAUCUUCUAAAGUCACUUAGAUCCCAGAAAAUUGUUUACAUCUCCUGUGGAGAAGAUCAUACUGCAGCUCUUACAAAGGAAGGUGGUGUAUUUACGUUUGGAGCUGGAGGCUAUGGGCAAUUAGGUCAUAACUCUACUGGCCAUGAGAUAAACCCAAGAAAAGUUUUUGAACUUAUGGGAAGCAUUGUCACGCAAAUUGCCUGUGGAAGGCAGCACACAUCUGCAUUUGUUCCUUCAACUGGAAGAAUUUAUUCUUUUGGUCUUGGAGGUAAUGGGCAGUUAGGCAUGGGAUCAACCAGUAACAGGAAAAGCCCCUUCCCAGUGAAAGGAAAUUGGCUUCCUUAUAAUGGCCAAAUCCCACUAAACGCAGAUGUUGAAGAGUAUUAUUGUGUGAAGAGGAUUUUCUCUGGUGGAGACCAAAGCUUUUCACAUUAUGUUAUUCCACGGGAUUUGGUACCACCAGAUGACUUCAGAUACCCAAAUGUUUCAAAGCAAAUCUGGACUGUGAAUGAGGGCUUUAUUCAGAGAUUGCUGAACUGCUCAUCUUCAGGAUCAGGGAGGCUCCCUGUGGAAAUAGCAAAUGAAAUAGAUGGAACAUUUUCUUCAGCUGGCUGUCUAAAUGGAAGCUUUUUGGCUAUCAGCAAUGAUGAUCACUACAGAACUAGCGCGAGGUUCUCAGGGGUUGAUAUGAAUGCUGCUCGACUUCUGUUUCACAAACUUAUACAGCCGGAGCCUCCUUAUAUAUGUCAACAGGUGGCAGCUAGUUUGGAGAAGAACCUUAUUCCUAAACUGACUAGUUCCUUGCCUGAUGUUGAAGCCCUAAGACUUUUUCUAACCCUGCCAGAGUGCCCACUAAUGAGUGAUGCAAACAAUUACAUGACACUAGCUAUUCCAUUUGCAACCGCUAUUGUGAAUCUAGAAAAAGCUCCACUGAAAGUACUUGAAAACUGGUGGUCUGUAUUGGAACCUCCAUUAUUCCUCAAAAUAGUGGAACUUUACAAAGACGUUGUGGUCCACCUCCUGAAAUUGUACAAGAUGGGUAUCCCUGCCUCAGAGCAAAGAAUCUUUAGUAGCUGUCUCCACAGUUCGCUCAAAGUUUUGGAAAUUUUGCAUAGGGUAAAUGAAAGAGCUGGGCAAAUCAUACAGUAUGAUAAAUUCUACAUACAUGAAAUACAGGAUUUGAUAGACAUAAGUAAUGACUACUUCAACUGGAUCCAGCAACAGGCAUAUGGAAUGGAUAUCAGCUAUGGAUUAAAUGAGCUAGCAGAUGCGCCAGUUACAAUUUGCACCUAUCCCUUUGUGUUUGACGCACAGGCAAAGACAACACUCUUGCAAACAGAUGCCGUUUUACAGAUGCAGAUGGCUGUUGACCAGGCUCACAGACAGAAUUUCACAUCUAUUUUUCUCCCAGUAUUUGAAUCCGUCAAUCCGUGUUUGAUCCUAAUAGUGCGCAGAGAAAAUAUUGUGGGGGAUGCCAUGGAAGUCCUAAGGAAAACAAAAAAUGUAGAUUACAAGAAGCCUCUGAAGGUUAUUUUUGUAGGGGAAGAAGCGGUUGAUGCAGGGGGAGUCCGCAAAGAAUUUUUCUUACUGAUCAUGAGAGAGCUGUUAGAUCCCAAGUAUGGAAUGUUUAGGUAUAAUGAAGACUCCAGGCUCAUUUGGUUCUCAGAUAAGACCUUUGAAGACAGUGACUUGUUUCAUCUGAUUGGUGUUGUCUGCGGGCUAGCAAUAUAUAAUUUUACUAUUGUAGAGCUUCACUUCCCCUUGGCUUUGUAUAAAAAACUUCUGAACAAGAAACCUUCCCUGGAAGACCUUAAAGAACUAAUGCCCGAUGUUGGCAGGAGUAUGCAGCAGUUACUGGACUAUCCAGAAGAUGAUAUAGAGGAUACCUUUUGCCUCAAUUUUACAAUCACUGUUGAAAACUUUGGUGCCACAGAAGUUAAAGAGCUAAUUCCUAAUGGUGCUGAUAUUCCUGUUGUCAAACAGAAUAGGCAAGAUUUUGUGGCUGCCUAUGUGGACUACAUCUUCAAUAAAUCCGUGGCUUCUCUCUAUGAUGCAUUCCAUGCAGGCUUUCACAAGGUGUGCGGAGGUAAAGUUCUUCAGCUCUUCCAACCCAGUGAACUGCAAGCAAUGGUGAUUGGUAACACAAACUAUGAUUGGAAAGAACUAGAGAAGAAUACUCAAUACAAAGGAGAAUAUUGGACAGAACAUCCAACAAUUAAAAUGUUCUGGGAAGUUUUUCAUGAGUUACCGUUGGAAAAGAAGAAACAGUUUUUGUUAUUUUUGACAGGUAGUGAUCGUAUUCCUAUACUCGGGAUGAAGAGUCUUAGUCUUGUUAUCCAGCCAACAGGAGGCGGAGACAGAUAUCUUCCAGUAUCUCACACAUGUUUUAAUCUUCUUGAUCUUCCAAAAUAUACAGAUAAGGAAAUACUCAAGUCAAAGUUGAUCCAGGCUAUUGAUCACUAUGAAGGCUUCAAUUUAGUAUAACUUGUAGAUGCUCAGAAUAGUGGAACUGUUUAAUGUGGAAACAUUAAACUAACUUUUGCAUCUGCCUUGCAGUGGCACAUUCAGUGAAAAGACGGACAAGGGUAGUGUUUAUAAGAAGCUGUUUGUAAACACGUUCAAUGAUCUGAUUCUUUAAAAGCAGCCAAAAAUCCUUACGUACUAAUAAACUGUCUCAGUAAAAACUCUGGAGCCACAUUUUGCCAUCUUAACAAUAAAAAUGCGACUUUGAAUAAAAGCUAAAGUUUCACUAACUAAAUUUUAGUACUUCACAUAUUGCAAAGACUUGCUGUGUGGGUUGAAUAUGUGCUUAUUUUUUUCAGUCACUGCAACUAUCACAUGUAGAUCUUCCAUCUUGUAAAUAAAGGGUUUUUUUUAAUAAUGAAAUGCCUAUGCUCCAAUAGCAAUAGAGUAUUUAUUGCUUGUAACUGAAUUGGGGUGUCUCACAAGAAAACAAACCAAAAAAGGAAAAGAACCAGGUGAUAAGGUGGAGAUAGACAUCUCUAUUUGUAAAAAUCUAAUGAUGCUAGAAAUAGUUCGUACGGCAGCCUUUUUAUGCUGAAACAAUACAGCUCCUGUUAACAUAAAGAUGAUCAAGACAAUGUCAAAUGUCACUAUGAAGAGAUCCCAUCAUUUAAUCUUGGAAAUCAGCCCUUGGCAAAUGUGUAAUUGGAAUAAUCUAGCAGCACCUGAUACAUCUGUCCACAGUUGUUGGCUAAAUCUUCACUUCUUGCUUUUAACUUCAGCAGAGCUGAGAUUUCAUCCUUUGUUCUCACUGUCAGAUGUUGGAAGAGCAGUUUUGCAGUUCUGGUUGAAUUUUUACUUUUUCAGAUAAUUUUUAAAUGCCCUCUUUUUAAAGAUCUUUUUUGGACUUCAGUAUAAGAUCUCCUGAUAUGAUCUCAUUGAUGGGGCUGGGGGCUGGCUUAAGUUCCUGGAUGUUUACAUGUUAUUGAUAGUAUGUGACUUUCAGCUGUGAAACAAAUAUUUAUUUUUUUUAGAUUUAUAAACUGCAGUGAAAACAAUUCAAGCAUAAAAUAAAAAUUCUUGGAUGAAAAUAUUGGAUUAUGAA